AUGUUGAUCGUGGCCAACAGAAUAUCGAAACCAUCUCGCUCAUGUUUUGCUACAAAAUCAAGUACCCUGAAAGCUUCUUCAUGCUUCGCGGCAAUCACGAGUGUCCCGCUAUCAAUCGUGUCUACGGCUUCUACGAGGAGUGCAACCGUCGCUACAAGAGCCAGCGUCUGUGGCAAUGUUUCCAAGACACAUUCAACUGGAUGCCUCUUUGCGGUCUCAUCGCUACUCGCAUUCUCUGCAUGCACGGUGGACUCCUCACCACAGAUACAGCAAAUCGAGCAGCUACGUAACUUGACUCGUCCUCAAGACCCACCCAAUCCAUCGAUAGGCAUCGAUCUUCUCUGGGCUGAUCCCGACCGCUGGGUUAAGGGCUGGGAGGUAAAUAACCGUGGUGUGUCGUACGUUUUUGGACAAGAUGUGGUGAUCGACUUCUGCGAGCGGAUGAACAUCGAUCUCGUGGCUCGCGCUCAUCAAGUCGUUCAAGACGGAUACGAGUUCUUCGCCAGCCGCAAAAUGGUCACCAUCUUCUCUGCACCCCACUAUUGCGGACAAUUUGACAACUCGGCAGCCACCAUGAAGGUGAACGAAGAUCUCCAAUGCACCUUCGACGUGUACCGCCCAACUGCCAAGGUCGUGCGAAUGCAGCAGCAAGAG